UGUUCAGAUCUUAUCAGCACUUUUUACAACAGUGAGAAAAUCCUAUAAAUGAGACGCAACCAAUGAUAAACUUGAACAAUAGUUCUGAAAUCACAGAUAGGUGUCUCCGCACGAAUAAAUCGCAUAUGUUGCAGAAUGAAGUUUUACGUGGGCAUCCUUAUAACGGUAUCUUGUGUGUGCAAGAGAUUUGCGGAGGCUGAACAAACUUACAUGGUGACAAGUGAGCGUUUCGAGCAUUACGAUGGUCUGCAGAAUACUCUAUUUUAUGCAGAUAACAUGAAAGUUAUCGGUCGUCAACGUACCAUAAAUGGCACUAUGAGAUUUUUGGAAGAUAUGGGCGACGAACAAUUUAUGCUUAGUGUCGAAAUGUGGUCCGCUCAACAUGGCGAUGAUCGGUUGAAGCCAUUACCCAUGGGUGUGCCGCGUAUACGUAUUUGCGAGGGUCUCAAAACCUAUUUCGUGAAAAUAGUGCAACCGUCUUUAGUGCAAGGUGAGAACACCGAUUUUCCUUACAUACCCGAAGAGGGUUUGUGUCCCCUGCCGAAAGGUGAAUAUUAUUUCAAAAAUUUAAUAUUGAACACCGAUCCGUGGCCCACUCAGGUACCAAAUGGCAUUUUAAAAACAAAAAUGACUUUUUACAAAAACGGAAUUAAUGUUGGCGCAUGGUCACUGCAGAUGAAAGUGGAAGAUCGUACGUGAAGCUUUGUGUUUGGAGAAAUAACGUAAAAAAGAGAGAAUUUGAUUGAUUUACAAUUUAUGUUAAAAAAAAAACUUUUAAUAAAACAAUACGAGAAUAGAAAUAUUUGAAAUUGUGUGUCUUUUCAUGUACAGUUAUCUCCAGAUUUUGAAGGUUGGUUGAGAAUGCC